AUGGUCACUGUUAGAUCAGUCAUUACAGUAGCAGCAUCUAAACAUUGGCACAUUUAUCCAAUAGAUGUGCACAAUGCAUUCUUGCAAGGUGACUUAUUUGAAGAGGUGUACAUGCAAGGGGGAGUCCAAGAACAAAGUGUGCAAGCUAAAGAAGUCGCUCUAUUGCUUGAAGCAAGCUUCAAGACAAUAGAACUUGAAGCUGACAGAAUCUAUGUAGAUGACCUCCUAGUUACAGGAAACAAUCCUAAACUGAUUCAAUCUGCUAGGGAAAAUCUGCAAAAGAAAUUCAAAAUGAAAGAUUUGGGGGAACUUAGAUUCUUUUUGGGCAUAGAAUUUCCUCGCAACAAGGCUGGCAUUCUGAUGAAUCAGAGGAAAUAUGCACUUGACUUGAUUACUUAUUCUGGUCUAGGGGGAGCUAGGCCAGCAUCCACUACAUUAGAGUGCAAUCAAAGGCUGACUACAACAGAAUAUGAUAAAGUUGUCUUGGGUUCUGAGGAUGCCACAAGUGCAGGAGUCAAGGACCAUGUGUUUCCUGACCCUGAACCUUAUCAAAGGAAAUCAGUUACAGGGUAUCUAGUCAGAUGUAUGGCCUCCAUAGUGGCAGAAGUGUCAUGGUUAGUAGGACUAUUCAAGGAAUUGGGAAUCCAGAUUCAGCUACCUAUUCCGUUGAAUUGUGACAGUAAUGUAGCUAUUCAGAUAGCUGCAAAUCCUAUUUUUCAUGAGCGGACAAAACACAUUGACAAUGAUUGUAAUUUUAUGCGAGAGAAGAUGCAGCAGGGUCUCAUCCAAACUCAUCACAUUAACACCAAGUUGCAAUUGGCAGCUAUACUCACUAAAGGUCUAUGGAAGGGUGGAAUUUGGGCAGUAAGAACCAGUUUCAAAGUAUCAGGGAACUCAGGAGAACAUAGAGUUCCCCCUGAGACUAUGCCUUAUCGUAACAAUAGCUUACAUGGUCAGAGCAUUAAGAACUAG